AUGCAAGCCUCCGGCUGCUUUCUCUUGUUUCUUCUCUUUUCUUCGACAUCUUUUCUCUCCCACGCAAUCUCCAAUGAAGAAGCAUCUGAUAUUGCUCGUCGUCAAUUGACACACCUAGAAGAAAACGAGGACUUACCUGAAAAUUACGCGGAAACUGUUAAAACAGAAUUCAGUUUUCCUAAUCCUAAUCUUAAACGCGCUUACGUAGCGCUUCACGCAUGGAAAAAUGCUAUUUAUUCUGAUCCAACAGGCAUUACCAAGAAUUGGGUAGGGGCGGAUGUUUGUUCUUACGAGGGAGUUUUUUGUACACCUUCUCUUAAUGAUUCGAAAAUGGAAGUUGUAGCUGGGAUUGAUUUUAAUCAUGCAGACGUUGCAGGUUACAUUCCUCGUGAGAUUGGUUUGUUAACAGAUCUGGCUCUCUUUCACAUUAACACAAACAGGUUCUGUGGGAUCAUUCCGAAAAGUUUUUGCAAGUUAAGACUUUUGCAUGAGGUGGAUAUCAGUAACAACCGUUUUGUUGGAGGAUUUCCUCAUUCUAUUCUUUGCCUUCCGGAUAUCAAAUUUAUGGAUAUUCGGUACAAUAAUUUCGAAGGAGAAAUUCCGCCCGAGCUUUUUAAUAAAAACCUCGACGGGAUAUUCUUAAACAACAAUAGAUUUACACAUACAAUUCCAGACAAUUUGGGAAAAUCUCCGGCAUCUGUUAUUAUUAUGGCCAAUAACAACAUCUCUGGUUGUAUCCCUUCAAGCAUCGGUGAAAUGAAAACCACUUUGGAUGAGUUUGUUGUAACGAACAACAACCUAGCCGGUUGUUUACCUUCUGAAGUUGGAAAGCUUGAAACAGCAACCGUUUUUGAUGUGAGUGGAAAUAUGUUUGUUGGCGUGUUGCCGAGGACAUUGAAGGGAAUGCAGAAAGUGGAAAUGUUGGCUAUUGCGCAUAAUAAUCUGACUGGUUUUGUUCCGAAAAGCGUGUGUAGUUUGCCUAAUUUGGUGAACUUUACCUUCUCUUAUAAUUAUUUUAAUGGUGAAGAAGAAGGUUGUGUGCCUCCAAGAAAGGAGGUUUUGUUGGAGGAUAAGGAUAACUGUAUGCCGGACAGACCUAAACAGAAGUCAGCAAAUGAUUGUAAUGUGGUUAUAAGUAAACCUGUUGAUUGUAGCAAGGCACAAUGUGUUCAUGGUAAUGGAAAUGAUCAAAAAGAAACUCCAAGUGACAACCCAUCACCUUCAGUGCCAAAGCCAGAGCCACAACCUACACCUUCACCUUCACCUUCACAUUCUACACCAAGUGAGACUCCAACACCAAUUCCACAACCCAAACCAACUCCAUCACCAUCACCACCAAGUGAUAAAACAACUCCAUCACCAUCACCACCAAGUGAUAAAUCAACUCCAUCACCACCAAGUGAUAAGCCGGAACCCAAGCCAACUCCUCCACCCAGUCCACCAUCGCCGGAACCUAAACCAACCCCGACUCCUUCGACACCAUCCAAAUCAACCCCAACUCCAUCAAGUGAUAAGCCCGAACCAACCCCUACCCCAUCUAAAGACAAGCCGGAAUCACCAAAACCAGAACAUACACCAACCCCUCCUACACCCGAAGCAGAAUCACCUGAAGAUGAUCCCCACACUGAAACACCCAGAAGAAGAAUAAGAUCUCCACCUCCUCCAAAAGUUCACUCUCCACCACCUCCCGUUCAUUCACCACCACCUCCCGUUCAUUCACCUCCUCCACCAGUUCACUCUCCACCACCUCCCGUUCAUUCACCUCCUCCACCAGUUCACUCACCACCACCUCCCGUUCACUCUCCACCACCGCCAGUCCACUCCCCACCUCCACCAGUACAUUCUCCUCCUCCUCCCGUCCACUCUCCACCACCUCCCGUUCACUCUCCACCACCGCCAGUCCACUCCCCACCUCCACCAGUACAUUCUCCUCCUCCUCCUGUCCACUCUCCACCACCUCCAGUCCACUCCCCACCUCCACCGGUAAAAUCACCACCACCUCCAGUCCACUCUCCACCUCCUCCAGUUCAUUCUCCUCCUCCACCAGUCCAAUCUCCACCACCUCCAGUACACUCCCCACCACCCCCAGUUCACUCUCCACCUCCACCCGUCCAUUCCCCACCCCCACCAGUUUUCUCACCUCCACCACCUGUCCACUCUCCACCUCCAGUUCAAUCACCACCACCUCCAGAAUAUGAGGAAGUCAUUCUCCCCCCUGACUUUGGUUCUUCCUAUGCUUCACCACCUCCACCAAUCAUUGCUGGUUACUAA